AUGGAUAAACCUUUGAAUCACAUAAUUUGGUUGCAAGUCCUAGAAGAGACAUAUCUUAAAUUUCAAUGGUUUGAAGAGGCCAAAAUACAUAUCUAUGUUGAUAGAACUGAAGUUAUGCUAAGUUAUAUUAAAGAAGCAAUCCAAUUUUAUAUGAACGAUAAUAAUAAUACACAAAGGUGUAGAGCAAGAUGUCAUGGGAGAAUCAUAAUUCAGAAGGAUUUAGGUGAUAAUAGUCUUGUUCAGGUGGUAGUAGCGACUAAUCUAAACCCAUGG